CAUUUUAUGAAUAAUGGUUUAAUAUUUGUAACACUUUAAGGAAUUGAUAAUUAAUAGCUGCUUUUUGAACUAUUAAAAUUAAGUUAGAUUGGAAAACAUGAACAUUAAAAGCAGCAUGCACACUAAAACAAUGAGUGAAGCUGUGAAACUUAGGAAAAUAUCUGAACAGAAAGAGAUCUGUAUCUUCAUCAAGAUAAUUUCCCGACAGGAAGUAACCUAACCACAGACAAACAUCAUAUAAACCUCAAUUGAAACAAACCUAUGUUUAAAUCCUCAGCUCCACUUCUAACAUAAAUAUUUUCCUCUAUUCCAUUAAAAUCCCAGAUGGUGUAAAUCCAGACAGUGUUUCUCCUUCUCUUGUGUCCCACGUUGCCUUCACUGUGUUGAGAGCAGAGAAAUCAUUUCCAUAGAGAGGAGGCUUUGCAUCGUCAGCUGAUCCUCCAGUGAACUGAGAAGGUUUAUAGUCCUGUGAGUUCAACGCUGCAGGACUCAGAUCUGUCAGUCGACACAGCAGGAACCACAACCACCAUGACUCUCAUCACCAUCCUCGUCUGGACGCUGGUCUGCUGCUGUUUUACAGGAUCCAGUGGUCAAGUCACUGUGACUCAGCCUCCUGUGGCAACAACUUCUCCUGGAUCUACAGUCACUCUGACCUGUAAAACCAACCCAAAGGUUCAUACAUGGUCAAGUGGAGCUAGUAAUGUACACUGGUAUCAACAGAAAUCUGGACAAGUCCCUAAACUGUUGAUUUAUAAUGGUAUACACAAACCAUCUGGUGGUGGAGUUCCAGCUCGUUUCUGUGGAAGAGGAGACGGAGUAAACGCUGCUUUGACCAUCAGUGGAGUUCAGGCUGAAGAUGCAGCAGUUUACUACUGUCAGAGUGAACAUGAAAUUAACAGUGCUGAUGUGUUCACACAAAAACCUGGCUGUGCUCACCUCCCCCUCUCUCCCCUACACAUGAUUGUCCAGCUCUCUCUACUUGUGGCCCUUGCUGGUCUUAAAGGACACUUGGAGUAUCUUGUCUCCAAGCCGGUAGCCGUUCAGGCUGGCGAUGGCCAUGGCCGCCUCCUCGUAGUUCGUCAUGGUAACGAAGCCGAAGCCCUUGCACUUGUUGGUGUUGAAAUCUCGGAUCACCUUGACGUUAGUGACAGCACCGAAGGGGCCGAACAUCUGCCACAGGAUGCUCUCAUCGGCAUCCUGGCCCAGGUUGUAGAUGAAGAUGCACCAGCCGGACGUGGAGUUCCCGGGAACGCUCACGCCUCCCAUGCCACCCAUUCUGCUCCUUGUGUGUCUCUGCUCCCCCCUCCAGCUGGCUCCAUGGUCAGGCCCUCAGUCUCUCUGCUUCCCCCCUCCUCUGAGCAGCUCUCCGGGGGCUCGGCCACACUGGCCUGCCUGCUGACUGGCUACUCUCCUCAGGGAGCUGUGGUCAGCUGGGAGGUGGAUGGUACCGAGGUGACAGAGGGCGUCCUGACCAGCUCAGAGGAGGAGAAGAGCGUGGAAGGAGAGCUGUACUUCUGCAAGGUCCUCCAUCAUGACCACAGCCAGACCCAGUCCCUCCACAGGAGCCAGUGUCAGGGCUAGAGGGGGCUGGCUGAAGCCCAGGACAGGAGCUCUGUCAGGGGCAGCAGGAGGAACACACCUGCUGCUCUGGUCACUAUGAGUUUGGAUGUUUGUAGAGGAAACUAAAGCUUUGUGUGACAGAGAACAACACUGCUAUAAAAUGUUGGACAACAACAACGUAGAGAGUCAUGUGUGGAGCUCAGCAGCUAGUUGUGCUUAAUAACUGUUGUGUUUUGUGUUUUUGCUAAUAAAGCUUGGACUGAUACAAAACAUGAG